UUCUAGUAACCUGGGUUACACGUGACCCUGAGGAAGAUCAAUACAUUCUUGCCCGUUCUCUGACAGGUGCCAAUAAUUCUUGGUUCUGCUGUAUAUUAGUAGCUACGCUUCAUGUGUGAUGAUACUCACAAUUCCAAAUUUUGCAUUUAUGAUAUGAUAUGAAAGGAAAGAGGGCGCGCGCCUGUGUUUUAGAAGCUGUGCAGUCUGUAGGAUGAUCACACUAACUACUUUUCCUUUAGCAGAAGUAGUCUGUAGAGUAUUAGAGCUUCUCCUUCUUCUUCUUCUUCCUUUUCUUCUUCUUCUUCUUCUUCUUCUUUUGGUUUUAAUGGCGGUUGGCAAACCAACAUAAAGAGUAGUAGAGUAGCGUGUGUACUCAUUUCAUGAAGCUGCGUAAUCAUUCAUGAACUUCCUGGGACACGCCUCAAACUCUGGGAGGCCGGACAGGGACGUGGCUCUAAUUUCAGGGGCGUUUCAGAACUUUGCGUUUCCGGUUGAAAUCACUGCAUAGCGAUUAUGCCUGAGCUCUGUAGAGAAGACAACCGGUUCAGCUCUGUUAUGAAAGUGCGAAGGGAGGGCCUUGGUUAGUGUAUUGAAACGAAAGAAAAACGGAUAGCGAGUUCGUUACCUACGGGUAAACCAGGAAGUAUUUGGACUUUGUAACCAUGGUCGAACUUUUUCGGACGAAAAGACAUUAAUGUCAACUGUGAGGCUGAGAGGCCUCAGUCUUUUCUCUGCUGAGACCUUUGGAGUCUACUCGACGCACAAACUAUUUCCGUAUAGCUUAGAAGUGGACUCACGCUUCCGACAUUACGUAUCGACACCAGAAGGGUCCCAUGGUUUGGUUGUGGUGUGCUCUCUGCCAUGCCUCCCGCCAUGACGGAUCAGCUGGAUGUGUGGGCAGACCCAAUACUGGAUGGGAACGAUCAGGUGGCUGUGGAUUUCCUGUUGCCCACUGGAAUCUACAUUCAGAUGGAUGUUCCCAGAGAGAGCACCAUUCAUCAAAUCAAACAGAUGCUAUGGAAGCAGGCACAGGUGUAUCCUCUCUUCUCCUUGCUUGGGGAGAUGGAUGGUCACAUAUUCGAGUGUGUGAACCAAGCCGCAGUUCAUGAGGAGCUGGAGGAUGAGAGCAGACGUUUGUGUGAUGUUCGUCCAUUUUUGCCUGUCCUCAGGCUCAUUGUUCGUAACUGUGGCCGUGCUGAACGCCUGCUUGACUCCAAAAUUGGGGUGCUUAUUGGAAAAGGGCUUCAUGAACUGGAUGCUUUGCAGGACCAGGAAGUGAAAGAUUUUCGUAGCAAAAUGCAACGAAUUAGUGAAGAGAAAAUGCAGUCAGUGCAGAUGAUGUCGUGGGCAGAAUGGCUUCAGAGCUGCUUCUCUCCCCAGAUAGAGGUGGCACCAGUUGAUGGGUUAUGUGAUAGGAAUGAGGGCUUUAUCAAGAUCACCAUGCACUUCAACCAGUCACAGGACACAACAAGUAUAAAAGUGCCAUUGAGUUGUACUGUACACGAGCUUAUGAAUCAAGCUCUCAGAAAAUGGCUGACUACUCAUGGCUUGGGAGAAGAUGAAGACUGUAUUGGUAACUAUGUCCUAAGAGUCAGUGACAAGCUGGAAUUCUUGUUUGGAGAACACCAACUUAUGUACUACAGAUAUAUUAGAUCAUGCUUGCUGUCACAGGAGAGUCCACAUUUGACGUUAGUGCAUUGCGAUAUAGUGAAGGCCAUGUUUGAACAUGAGAUCAGCAGUAUUGGAGCUGUUCUCGCACGGAAGUCAUCAAAUCCUCCUUUACCCCUUCCCCCUAAGAGGAGAGGACCAUCUCAGUUGCAUACGUGCAUUUGGGAGGUACAGUCUCUUUUUAAAAUCACUUUAGUGAAGGGCAUUAAGGUCAACGCAGAAGAGACAGCAAAGGUGCAAGUUCGUGCAGGCCUAUUCCAUGGUACAGAGCUCCUGUGUAAGCCAGCUGUUAGUAAUGAGAGCAGUGGUCGCUCGGAGCACAUCUGGAACAGGACUCUUGAGUUUGAUAUUUCUGUUUGUGACCUGCCACGCAUGGCUCGCCUCUGUUUUGCCAUCUAUGCUGUCAUGGAUAAAGUAAAAAAGCAGAAAUCAACCAAGAACAUGCAAAUGAACAAAUAUCAGACUAUUCGAAAAGCAGGAAAAGUGCAUUAUCCAAUAGCAUGGGUGAACAUGAUGGUGUUUGACUACAGAGGACAGCUAAAGACUGGUGAUAUCAUCUUACACACCUGGUCCUCCUUUCCUGAUGAGCUGGAGGAGAUGUUGAACCCUAUUGGAACGAUACAGACAAAUCCAUACACUGAGAAUGCCACAGCACUGCAUAUUCGCUUAACAGAAUACUCUGUAAACCCACUCACAUUUCCCCCAUUUGACAAGAUCCUGGAGAAAGCUGCUGACAUUGCUGGAUCCACUGACUCUAUAUCAAUUGGACGAGGAUUGAAAAAGUUCUACAUUGAGUUGAAGGAGAUCAUGGAAAGGGAUCCACUGUCACAACUCUGUGAAAAUGAAAAGGAUCUGAUAUGGACUCUGCGCUAUGACUGUCGAGAGAACUUCCCACAGUCCCUCCCUAAACUACUAUUGUCUGUCAAAUGGAGUAAACAUGAUGAUAUGGCACAGUUGCAGGCAUUGUUGCAGAUUUGGCCUAAAAUAAGUCCUCGAGAUGCUUUAGAGCUACUGGAUUUUAACUAUCCGGACCAAUAUGUUAGAGAAUAUGCAGUCAGUUGUCUGCAAGAUAUGAGUGAUGAAGAGCUGUUGCAGUAUUUGCUGCAGCUAGUCCAGGUGUUGCGCUAUGAACCAUACUAUGACUGUGCCCUCUCACAAUUUUUACUGCAGCGUGCUCAGACCAAUCGUAAAAUUGGACAUUUCCUCUUCUGGCAUCUUAGGUCAGAGAUACACAUGCCAGCAGUAUCUGUGCAAUUUGCCCUGAUUUUGGAGGCAUAUUGUAGAGGCAGCAUCCCCCACAUUGAAGUGCUUAAAAAACAGGUUGAGGCUCUUGGUAAGCUAAAAGCUGUGAAUGAGUUGAUCAAACUGGGCACAAUAAAAUCAAAGAAUAAAACUAAAGAGGCUCAGCUGAAGGAGGCCAUGAUGAAGUGCCUUAGACAGACGGGAUUCAUUGAGAUUCUGUCAGACCUUCACUCACCACUUAACCCCCAGAUAUUGCUUGCUGAUGUCAAUGUGGAGAAGUGCAGGUACAUGGACUCUAAAAUGAAGCCUCUUUGGAUUGUUUACAAUAACAAGCUGCUACUGGGAGACACGCUGGGAAUCAUCUUCAAGAAUGGAGAUGAUCUCAGACAGGACAUGUUGACUCUACAGAUCCUAAGGUUAAUGGAUAUGCUGUGGAAGGAAGCAAACCUGGACCUCAGAAUUGUGCCUUAUGGUUGCCUGGCAACAGGAGAUCGCACAGGGCUGAUCGAGGUUGUAUCCUCUGCUGACACCAUCGCUAACAUCCAAAAAAAUAGCAGCAACAUGGCAGCUGCUGCAGCCUUCAACAAAGAUGCUCUGCUCAGCUGGCUCAAGGACAAAAACCCUGGUGAGGCUCUGGAGAAAGCCAUUGAGGAGUUCACACUGUCUUGUGCUGGUUAUUGUGUCGCCACCUAUGUUCUGGGCAUCGGAGAUCGUCAUAGCGACAACAUCAUGGUCCGAAGCACAGGACAGCUCUUCCAUAUAGAUUUUGGUCAUAUCUUGGGGAACUUCAAAUCAAAGUUUGGAAUCAAGAGAGAGCGUGUUCCAUUCAUUCUCACACAUGACUUCAUUCAUGUCAUUCAGCAGGGCAAAACUGGUAACACUGAGAAAUUUGGCAGUUUUAGGCAGUACUGUGAGGAUGCUUAUCUGAUUCUGAGGAAGAAUGGAAAUCUGUUCAUCACGCUCUUUGCCCUGAUGCUGACUUCUGGGUUACCAGAACUCACCUCUGUCAAGGACAUUCAGUAUUUAAAGGACUCUCUUGCAUUGGGUAAGACUGAUGAAGAGGCACUGAAACAGUUCCGGCAGAAGUUUGAUGAAGCUCUUAGAGAGAGCUGGACCACCAAAGUAAACUGGAUGGCUCACAAUGUAGCACAUCCCUCCUAACACCCUUAUACGAACAAGGAUCUAUGUUUAGGAGAAAGCUUGAACACAUUGUUCUGGUUGAACCAGUAUACACUGUCUUUGCCAUUAAAUGGUUAAAUACAACUUACUCAAUGCAGUUAGCACAAAAAGCUGCUGAUCUUAAGGAUUUUCAUGACUUUGAAAGAGAAACAUGAUGGAGAUUUAAAAGGAGGUGGAUGAUUAAAAAAGGGAACAACGGAGAAGACAACUGUCAGCUCACACCAACAUGAAAAAAAAACAAUCUUCCACAUUUCACAAUAUUUUCCCACAGUAAGAAGCACACUGACGGGAACAAUGUGAAGCGUCACCCUCAGUUUUGUUUUUGAUUUACUACUGAAUGGAUUUUAUUUUUUUUAUUGUCAUGUCACCAUCUUGCAGCUGAAAUAACUCUUUAAUCUGCAAAUGUAGUGACAAUGUCCUGGGACCAGGGAUUGGAAAAAAAAAAGAAAAAAAAAGAAAUGGCACAUGGAGUACAACUGAACUUGUUUUUUCAUGGAACUGGAAACAGAAAUGAUAACUCUGAAGGCUUGUAGAGCCAACUUGAGUGAAAUUGUUAUUGAAUAAAUAGUUAUAAAUUAUUCUUAUUAUUCAUUCCAACUUAAAGCCAGAAAUCACUAUUAAAAUAACAGCACGUCUGCACUAUUAGCAAUUUGCUUGCUGCGGGCAAGUUAAAAAAGAGAAGAUCAUGCAGUUUGGAACAUGCAGCCACCAGUUGUUGUUUUUUUGUUUGUUUGUUUUUUUCUUCUUGUUUUUUUUUCCUCUUCUCACUUGUAUACAAAGUUGAAAAAAAUUGCAAGCAUAGCCCACUCAUUGUUUCUCAGACAAAACCAGGGGUUAUUAACGUAAGUGUGACAGCCAUUACUUAAUUGAAACAAGCAAAUAUAGGAAUAUGGCAUCACCUAAAUAGUUUCAUUCAUGUUGUUAAUACUUCCAAAAGGAUGAUUUUUAAAGCAUUUACUUCUACCUACUAUUUUUAAGUUCACAAUUACCCACUAUAUUAAUGUGAUCAGAAUGCUGGAGCAAGAAUCAAAUAGUAUUUUAGUCGAGAUGGAUAUUUCAGGGAUUGUAACCUACAGUAGGGCUCCACUGCCUUUAAAGGAAAUACACAUUGGAGCACAGACUCACUGAAUGCCAAAUGGGAUCUACUGUGCCUUAUACAAUGGAAGAAUUCUACUGUUUGUAUGAGACUACUUAAAGCAAGAGGUUUCUAAACACUGGAAUUUAUUUGACUGUAAUUAUUUAAGGAUUGUUACAUGUUUAUAUUUAUUUUCUUCUUCUGAAAAGUUUAGACUACUACUAAUAGACUGUAUCUGAGAUUAGUGAGUUUACUCACACAAGUAUUCAGCAAGCAAAUACUUUGUAAUGCUAUGUCACAGCUAAGAAAUAAUCAGUUCCCUCUAGCAUCUAAUGGAGCCCCAUAGAUUCCUAGUAACUUUAUAGCUUUACUGUAGCAGACACAUUGUAACAAUACUAACACAGGCCUUUGGUGAUUACAUAUGUUUUAUGUGAAUUGGGUUCAGUCGACUACAAUCAUGGUUACAUGAAAAUUCCUAUAAAGCCUGAACACCAUUUCAGUGAGCAUCUAUGCCCAUAGAACAUUUCACUUGUUUUCUAAUGCAAAAUGAUAUUUACACUGAAGUACAGUGGUUUUAGAGAAUGAUUUAUGUAGCUGUGUCCAAUACCCUUUCAUCCAAACAGUGUGAAACCUAACUGAAACAAUGCAUUUUGUUUUUACUAUAGCAAAGAAUUUUUUUAUGUGAAAACAGCCUUAAACACAUAUCUCUGCCAUACCAGUGGAUGUUUUAUCUUGUUGAUAACCUGCUGUGUAUCUCUAUUGCUGCUUAAAUUAUCCUUAGUGAAAGAAACUUUAUAACACAGAGAAGAUAAUUUAAUGACCCAUGGCAUCUUUAAUACUAUUAACAGUAACAAUAAUAUAUGCUGCCUGAGAGGAUAUUGGUGCAAUAUGAUGAAUCCUGUUAUGUGCAAAUUUGGAUUAAUGUGUGUGCACUACUGCUGCUGUAUGUUAUUAUGCUAGCAUUUAAUUUUCUCACACACUGAAACUGUUUCUCUAUCUGAUUCUGACUUGUUCUUACAGCUAUGUUGUCAUAGGAAUGCUAUUAAAGGUUUGGUAUAGCAUUCA